AUGCUCCUAGGAGCGUCUUGGUUGUGCGCUUCCAAAGCCGCCGCAGCGCAGAGCGAAGGAGAAGAGGAAAGGCAAGGCGAGAGGAGGAGGAGGCGAGCAGCCGCUGCCGCCGCCGCAGCAGCAGCAGGAGGAGAAGAAAUGGACGAGUCCUCCUUGCUGGAUUUGCUGGAGUGCUCGGUGUGCUUGGAGCGUCUGGACACUACAGCCAAGGUGCUCCCGUGCCAGCACACCUUCUGCCGCCGCUGUCUGGAGAGUAUCGUCUGCUCUCGCCAUGAGCUGCGCUGCCCGGAGUGCCGCAUCCUGGUGGGCUGUGGGGUGGAUGAACUGCCCGCCAACAUCUUGCUAGUCAGGCUGCUGGACGGCAUCCGCCAGAGACCCCGAGGCAGCAGUGGGGGAGGCGGGAGCAGCAGCUGCAGCAGCAACGGGAAUAGCCCCACCGCCCGAGGUCAUGGUCCUACCCCAGCAGGAGGGAGUGGAGGAGUUGGAGGCAAUGCCCCAGGGUCUCCAGCCUAUCACCCAGCAGCCGCCGCCGCCGCAGCCGCCACUAUCUCCGGGGGCACCAGCGCGGCUGCCAGUCUAAGGGAACUGGCCGCCGCUAGCAGGAGCGCCCUACUGGGAAAGAAUAUUUCCCAACUUCCUUGUGGCAAAGCCCUCUAUAGCUAUGAGGGGAAAGAACCUGGUGAUCUCAAGUUUAACAAAGGAGACAUCAUCAUCCUGCGUCGAAAAGUGGAUGAGAACUGGUACCAUGGGGAGCUGAAUGGAAACCAUGGCUUCUUCCCUGCCAGCUAUAUUCAGUGCAUCAAGCCCUUACCACAAGCCCCACCCCAGGGCAAAGCACUUUAUGACUUUGAGAUAAAGGAUAAAGAUCAGGACAAGGACUGUUUAACUUUCACCAAGGAUGAAAUCUUGACUGUCAUCAGGAGAGUCGAUGAUAACUGGGCAGAAGGAAUGCUGGGAGAUAAGAUUGGAAUUUUCCCUCUCCUCUACGUGGAGCUCAACGAAUCCGCCAAACAGCUUAUUGAGAUGGACAAGACAUGCUUAGCUGCUGCAUCUGGCUGCGAUGUCUCCUUGCCAUCUGACACCAACAUGGCAGGCAAUCUGGCCCAGUGUUCUACCUUAAGCAGCUCGGGAGCAGUCAGUGCCAUUCAGCGGCGUAUCGAUGGCAAGAAGAAUGCCAAGAAACGCCACUCCUUCACUGCCCUCAGUAUGACGCACAAAUCCUCCCAGGCUAUGAGCAAUAGGCAUUCCAUGGAAAUUAGUGCACCUGUUUUGAUCAGCUCUAGUGAUCCCCGGGCUGCUACCAGAAUUGGAGAGUUGACUCACCUUUCAUCCAGUGCUCCAGCCCAGGACUCUUCUUCAGCUGGAUCUGCUACCAUGGCUGGGCCCCGACCAAGUGCAGUUGCUGGAGAACAAGGAACAUCCCCAAAGGUCCAGUUGCCCCUCAAUAUAUACCUAGCACUUUAUGCGUACAAGCCCCAGAAGAAUGACGAGCUGGAACUGCGCAAGGGAGAAAUGUACCGAGUCAUUGAGAAGUGUCAAGAUGGUUGGUUUAAGGGAACCUCACUGAGAACUGGGAUCUCUGGAGUCUUCCCAGGAAACUAUGUGACUCCUGUCUCCAGGGUCCCUAUAGGAGGAGCUGGACAGUCCCGGAAUAACAUACCUGGAGGAUCUCCACUGGCUAAAGGGAUGGCAGGAACUGCUCUUCCUGGAGGUGGGAGCCUAACCAACCCAGCCACUACUGUCAGACCCAUUGUUCCACUCACUGCACCUCAGACCCAUCCCCAGCACCAGGCGGCUUCUCCUCCCAUGAGCAAUUGUCUGAGGCAUUCAGCUCAACAAGCAGCCAGCCAGGCUCGAAGUGCCAUGCAGAUAGCUGCCCAUCCUUCUGCUCAGCCUCAAGACCGUCCCACUGCGACAGUGUCACCUCUACGUACCCAAAGCUCUCCAUCCCGCCUGCCAGCUACAGGGAUCAGGCCGCACACCAUUGUAUCUCCACAGCACCUCCACCAAUCCCCAAUUCAAGUCGUUUCAGGAGCCCAGUGCCCCAGGCCUGUCAUUCCUCUCACAUCAGCAGCAUCGGCCAUCACGCCUCCCAAUGUCAGCGCAGCCAACCUGAAUGGAGACAUGGGCGGUGGACCCAUUGGUGGCUUGAUGACUUCCAGCCCCACCAACACGGCUUGCAAAACAGAGGAGAAAAAGAAUGAAAAGAAAGAGAAGAAAAGUGGACUGUUGAAACUUCUAGCAGGAGCAUCUACCAAAAAGAAGUCCCGCUCGCCCCCAUCUGUGUCCCCAACUCAUGACCCCCAGGCGGCAGCUGCUGAGGGAGCUCUCCAGGGUGCUAUGGGGCCUGAAGUGUCAUUGCUGUCCGGCCAUGGGAGGGCUGGCUCCUGCCCCAUUGAAAGUGAGAUGCAAGGUGCCAUGGGGAUGGAACCACUGCACAGGAAGACUGGCUCUUUGGAUCUGAACUUCUCCAUUUCUUCGCCAGUCAGGCAGCCUCCUCCUUCUAUGGCAGCCAUCCGUCCAGAACCCAAACCAUUGCCCCGAGAAAGGUACCGAGUCGUGGUCUCCUACCCUCCACAGAGCGAGGCCGAGAUUGAGCUGAAAGAAGGAGACAUUGUGUUCGUGCACAAGAAGAGAGAGGAUGGCUGGUACAAAGGGACACUGCAGAGGAAUGGGAGGACUGGCCUCUUCCCCGGAAGCUUUGUUGAAAGUUUCUGAUGAGGACUGGCUG